AUGGGCAACGCAUUUGCAGUAGUAGAGUUUACUUGUUCUAUCAACAUUAAUGGUGGUGACAAAUAUAAGAUACUGAACGAUGGCAAUUUAAUACCAGCUGUCGCUUAUGGUACUUGGGCUGAUGAUGUAUCUGGUUUACCCAAAGUAAUUCAAUCUGUAAUACAUGCAAUUGAAGUUGGAUUCAGACAUUUGGAUACUGCACAUGUUUAUGGAAAUGAGCGUUUAAUUGGAGAAGCUCUUUCUCUUAUGUUCAGACGAGGAAUUGUUUCUAGAGAAGAAAUGUUUAUAACGACCAAGCUGGAUGCAGCUGUAUCAUGCCGAAAGAAGGUGGUACCAUCACUAAAGGGAAAUUUGAAGAGGUUGAGGCUGGAUUACGUCGAUCUCUUUCUCAUACAUGUGCCUGAAAAUGUGUUUAAUUACUCAAAAUUUGACAUCUUAGAUAUUUGGAAAGGCAUGGAAGAUUGCAAAAGCCUUGGUUUGGCAAGGUCUAUCGGCGUUUCUAACUUUAACAGUUCGCACAUCAACAGGAUGCUUAGAUACGCAAAAAUAAGGCCAGCUGUGAAUCAGAUAGAGGUGAAUCCUACAAGAACGAAUCUGAAUAUAGUAGCAUACUGCCAAAGCGAAGGUAUUGUUGUUAUGGGAUAUGCACCAUUCGGUUUUCUUGUACCACGCCCUUCGUCAAACAUAACAGGAAUACCGCCUACAUUUGAAGAUCCCAUAUUGAUCAGGAUGGCAAGAAAAUAUGGGAAAGAGACCAGCCAAAUUAAUUUACGUUAUCAGGUCAACCGUGGUAUUAUACCUAUCCCAAGAUCACAAAACAUAACUCAUAUAUCCUCAAACGUGGAUCUCUUCGACUUUAGCCUGACUCAAAAAGAGGUGUAUGCUAUAAAUGAGUUCAACAGAAACCUACCAGUUUAUGCUGCGCCUGGAGAUGAAGUAAUCGCGGUGUAUCGCGCGGCAUACGAAUCUUUAUUAAGCUUGUCUAAUAAAUAUUACUAG